AUGGCUCGUUGGGGCGAAGGUGACCCUAGAUGGAUUGUUGAAGAAAGGCCUGAUGCAACUAAUGUUAAUAAUUGGCAUUGGACUGAAAAAAAUGCUAAUGGGUGGUCAAAGGAUAAACUAAAAGAACUUUUAGUUGGUCUUAAACUUGAGUCUGAUGUCGCAAUUGUUGAAAUUACUGAGAUGGAAAAAAUUGAAGGUGAGGCAGUUGUCAAUAAUCGGAAAGGAAAACUUAUAUUCUUCUAUGAUUGGGAUAUGUCUCUUGUAUGGCAAGGCAGAUUGAAAGGUAGUACAGGAGAACAUGAAGGAAAGAUUAAGAUACCUAAUCUCAGUGAAGAAAAUGAUCUUUCUGAAAUUGAGAUAUUAGUCACUUUAAAAGAAUCUACAAAUGAAGGGGAAAUUAUUAAAGAAUACUUACAUCAUCAAGGAAGCAAGGAAGUUAGAGAAAAAUUAGGCUUAUAUAUCACCUUAUUAAAAGAAGAGUUUCCUAAAGGAAUGAUCUUACCUAGAAAAGAUGAUAGUGAACAAGCUAAAGAAGCUCAACAAAUUUCUAACCUUAGCAGUGGAUUUUCAACCAAGAUGAAUGUCAAUCAAUCUAAUGACAGGAUAUCAUCACCAAAUGACAAUAACAAAAAGAAAAUAGAAACUAGUAGCCUUAAAAUUAAUCAGACAUUCCAGUGCCGGGGAGAAGAUUUUUAUAGAGCAAUGACUACUCCAGAGAUGGUAGCUGCCUUUACAAAUGGUCCUGCAAAAGUUGAAGCCAAAGAAGGAGGGAAAUUUGAAUUGUUUGGAGGAAAUAUUUCUGGUGAAUUCACUGAACUGGUUCCUAACAAAAAGAUCACACAAAGGUGGAGGGUGAAAGCUUGGCCUCAGGGUCACUAUUCUACUGUCUCCAUAAUUAUUGAUCAACAAGACGACCAUACCUUAAUUAAAGUAUCACAGACAGGCGUGCCUCAAAACGAAAUGGAUGGUACAAAAGAAAAUUGGAGCCGGUAUUACUGGGAUGCUAUCAAAAGAACUUUUGGUUGGGGAUACUUCAUGUGA